CUUAGGUUGAACCGGCACUUGGCGAGACAGGCUUCGAUGCGCCAUCGUCAAGUUUAGCAACUUUCGUGCAGGGGUAUCUCGCUGGCGGUCGAUCUUACGUCCCUUCAUAAACAGAGAGUCCCUUUCGUCUUGUGUGCCUCUAUUCUUCACCUCUUUCGAAGCCUUAAUUCCGUCCGCUGUAUUCGCGGUUCGCCUCUCGUUACCCCUCUCAAGACCAUUCAGUCGUGAAGUCUUCAUUGGCUCACACUUGUCAUUCGCUUCCUUGAACCCUCCACACAAACUACCUCUAGUAAUCCCGUAAUACGAACACGAACCUUUUAACAACAUGCACUUCUCCACACUCGCCGCUGUUGCGGCUGUCGCCCCAUUCGUCAGCGCCCAUGGCGGUAUGGGACUGCCCAAGAUCGCUGGUAUCAACAUGCGCGACCUGAAGUCCCGUGACCUGCUUGCCAACCUCGAGGCUCGCAUCGCUGAGGUUCAGACCGUUCAUGCCCAUGAGAACCGCCUGAACGCCCGCCAGGACGACCGCCAGUGCGGUGCUGGUAUUGGCUCUUGUGCCGCGGGACAGUGCUGCUCUGGCGCUGGAUACUGCGGUACCGAAGACGACUACUGCUACUCUCCUGGUUGCGACUACAAAUACGGUCCUGGUUGCCCUGAGAACAUCACCCCCUCUGGCACCAACACCUCGACUAUUGCCCGUACCAAGGUUGGCUCCGUUGCCUAUGGUGGCGCUGGUAUCUACAACUGCGUUACCCCCGGCACAGUUGCUCUGACCUACGACGAUGGUCCACAGAAGGAUUACACUACUCACGUUCUCGAUGUCUUCAAGACAUACAACGCCAAGGCCACUUUCUUCAUCAGUGGCAACAACAUCAACAAGGGCGAAAUCGAUACUACUGCUGAGUUUGUCAGUGUCAUUAAGCGCAUGGACACCGAGGGCCACCAGAUCGCAUCCCACACCUGGACCCACUUGGACCUGAGCGCUGUCUCUUCCAUCGACCGCAAGCAGCAGAUGUGGAAGAAUGAGAUGGCUCUUCGCAACAUCGUUGGCAAAAUCCCCACCUACAUGCGCCCUCCUUACUCCAGCUGCACGGCUGAGUCUGGUUGCGAGCAGGACAUGGCCGAUCUUGGUUACCACGUCACCUACUUCGACGUUGACACCGAUGACUACAACCAGGACGACGUCAACAAGAUCCAGAACUCCAAGAACUACUUCAAGGGCAAUAUUACCCAGAAUGGCGCCUCUGCCGCCAGCUCUGAGUGGUUGAGCAUCGGCCACGAUAUCCACUACCAGACCGUCUACAACCUCACUGACUACAUGCUGUCUACCCUCACUGGUCUUGGAUACAAGGCAGUCACCGUUGGCGAGUGCCUUGGUGACCCUGUCGCUAACUGGUACCGCACUGCUGACGGCGCUGGAUCCACCACCACCCAGGUAAGCUUAUGAUUUUGCGAUGCAUAGCCUUCUCGAGAGCUGUCCUCGAGUUUCAUUCAAGCCUUCUUGAGAGUCGUCCUCAAGGUCUCCUUUGUGUCAUUACGUUCAGUAUUGUCAUUAAGCGCAACCUUGAAGGAAACUGAUGAUUUGAAAAAGUGAUCCCACUGAGACCGAUGGCCUGGGCUUGACACGAUCGAACGUCAAGCUCAAGAGCCCCGUCCAUCAGGCGCGGCAUCGUCUGAACCCGAAAAGUCGACAAAACGACAAGACCAUUUCUACCAAGAUAUGGUUUCC